CACUUUUUUGAUUGUCUAGUCUAUCAUUAUGUUGAUGUCUGUUGUGGAGAAAGUUAUACGCAAUUAGUUGCAGGUUUGUGUGGAAAGGGUUUUGUUAAGUAGGGAGUAUAUUCUUUCACUCUGUGCACAACUACCGAAGGAGCCCGGUAUUUCUUAAGACUAUACACUUCUUCCGCUCCUAGUCACAGAUGCUAUAAGUCAACUAUCAUCAUACCAUGUACCAAAGGAACAUCCUACGCCUUCGUGGCGUAGCCCUCAGGCUUCAAGCCUACUCCCCAAACCCUCCUCACCAUAACCUCCCACACCUCCCCCUCUCCACUCAACGAGCAUACUCCCAAUUCACCCCCUCCAACCGCCUCUCCAACCGAACAUGCAUGAUAACCGGUGGAACAUCCGGCAUCGGAUUCGCCAUCGCGGAGCGCUUCCUCCAAGAAGGUGCCUCGCGAGUGAUCCUCGUCGGACGGUCCUACGAACGACUCUACAACGCCGCAUCUCGCCUUCAAAUCGACAACUCACCAGCCAUCCCCUCCACGGAACCUCCCCAAACCAUCACAAACCCAGAGAAACACCAGCUCCUCGAAUCCUCGCCCAGAAUCAGCCUCCUAAUCGGCGACAUCGCCGAAGCAGGGUCCUGGACACGCGAGCUCGAGAAAGCAAUGCAAGCAACAAACCCCGACAUCCUCGUCAACGCCGCCGGCCUCUCCAUCUCCUCCAUCCUCCCUAAAUCCGAACCAACGGACAUCUCCCGUAUCCUGCGCACCAACCUCGAAGGAGCCCUUCUCACCUCUCGAGCCUUCAUCCGCGCCUCGAUCCGCAAUCGAAUGAAGAAGUCUACCACAACCACCUCCACCCCCACAAGUACUAGCGCAAGUCCCGCAUCAUCCAAAUGCAUAAUCAACAUCUCCUCCCUCCUAGCCCACAAAUCCGGAACCGGCGCGGUCCCCUACGCCGCAUCAAAAGCCGGAGUCCUGGGUCUAACGCGCUCAGUCGCCGUUGAAGCUGCCGCUUCGCUGCGUGAUGUGGUGGUUAGAUCGAAUGCGAUUGUGCCGGGGUAUAUUGAGACGCCGAUGAUUUCUGAUUUCUCGGAUGGCGAAACAGCCCGGUUAAAGGAGAGUAUCCCCGUGCGACGAUUCGGGAGACCGGAGGAGGUUGCGGAUGCGGCGGUGUUUUUGGCGCAGAAUGAGUAUGCGAAUAAUUGUGUGUUGAAUUUGGAUGGGGGGUUGAGUGCUAUUUAGUGACGUAUAUUAUCUAUAUCUUAUGGUUAACUAGACUGUAUUAUGUGUACAAUAUGUGAGGAUGUGGUGACUUAUAACUAAUAGGAGCAUCUUCUCG